AUGGACGCAAAUCUCUUACCAAACCCUUUUACUCCCAUGGCAUGGCUGCCUCCGGAGUUCGCUUACCAGAUGUCGAUGGCCACUCAUAUCUGUGCUGGUGUGACGGGGGUUAUGGUGUGGGAUAUCGUCACAAGUCUCGGGGAAGAUUACCAAAUCUUCUUCAAGCGUAAGGUAGGUCUCACCAAUGUUGUGUAUUUCAUCUCAAGGAUUGCGUCGAUGUUAUUUAUGGUUUUGACCAUGAUCUUAGUCACCUCUCCGAUUGGGAAUUGCCCCAGCAAUCAGAAAAUAUUCCUCUCAUUCUUCUCAAUCGCCAUUGCUUCCUCAAAUCUCCUCUUCUUCUUCCGCCUUCGUGCAAUCUAUACCGGACAUAAGGCUGUUAUAAUUUUUGGUUUUAUCCUUUGGGUCAUAUCGGCGGGAGGAACCGUGAGUACACCAGUAGGCGUCGACGGUGUCCAUAUUGGAACAACCAACUAUUGCACCGAAACAGGGCAACGUUUAUAUGUUUCCGUAUCUGGAAUUUUGCCCUUCAUCCAUGACACCUUCGUAUUCCUGGCGAUAUCCUAUAAACUUGCCCAGAACGCCCACAACGAAAGUACGCUCAGGACUGGCUUACGUGCGGCGCUAUUUGGAGAAUAUCUCCCAGCCUUCUCCAGAUCUUUGCUGUUGGACGGCCAACAGUAUUACUUGCUGACUGUGCUGACCAACUUCAUCGCAAUUUUGAUGGUUUUCGUUCCAGUACCGAUUGUUUACAGGGUUAUCUGGUCGUUCCCCAAUGUCAUGAUGAUGAACGUGAUGGCAUGUCGCGUUUAUCGCAACACCAAACUUGGUCUCUACAAAGGCUCGCCUACGUCCACCAGCAACAUUUUGUCAGAGCCCAUCCCUCUCGCGUUUCGCCAGCACACCACAGCAGAUAAUGGUACCGACGGGACCGUGCAAAUCAGUAGGACGACUCAGAGCGUAGAUCAGUAUGACCGUUUGACGAAGAAGGAGCGCUUGUCGAAGGAGGAUUUUGGCGAGGUCAAGGGCUGA